AUGGCGGACGCCAUGUGCACAGGAGACAUGGGGGGAAACAGCUCACUCCCCGCGCUCACAGCCGACACUGCAACCCCUGCCUCCAGACCCUGCCAUACAGGGAAGCGGGAUUACCUUUACCCACUAACACAGCCACUCAAGUCAGCAAUGUCAGCGGCUGCCCUGGGGGGAUGGGGCUACACAACAGGCCGUCCAUUGCCGUAUGGAGGGACCGAGUCUACCACCAAGCGUGUCACCUCAGCGGCGAGACAGACCUCCUACUCGCCUCCCACUCGGCCUGCAACAGCACGACCCCUGCAGCGGCAGCUGUGUGUGGAUGAUGCCGGACCCCCCCAUCGUGGCUGA